AUGAACCUCUUCAACCGCCGGAUCCUAAGCCUCAUUUCGGUUUUGGUCGUUGCCAUUGCUUUUGAAAAUGUCCCUUCUGAUGAAUUGUCCCUACCGGAGGCUUUUCAGAAGAUCUCCGAUCAAUCGCUCUUGUGGGGUCCUUACAGAUCUAACUUGUAUGUCGGAAUCAAACCAAAGAUUCCCCAUAGUUUCCUUUCAGGUCUCAUGUGGUUCAAUGCUGACGAUCCUGAAGGAAUCGUAAAGCUGAGGCAUUCUUGUGAACAGGACCCAGAGAUUCAAAGUUUCGGUUGGGUAAAGUACGAUGCAAGGGUUGGAGGAAGACACAUCAUCAAGGACAGAGGCUGUAAAGUGCUGAUAAAAUCUGACUUUGUUAAGACCAGUGAUGGUAAUUGGGCCCUGAAAAUUACUGGAGUGCCAAAGAAAGGACAGGAAAAUGUCAAAACGUCUCUGAUAUUCUAUGCUGGAACUGAGGAAGACCAGGAUAACAUGUUAAUGUUUGCAGGCAAUAAAGAUGAAUUUGGGAAUGUUAACAAUGAUCUGACAAGAUUGACUGGCGUCUCCAAAGUUUUGGGAGGCGCUUUUGAAUUAUUAGUCGAAGAUGGUCCCUCCAACAGGUACCCGUCUGCUACUGUUUUGGCUGCCCCUGAUUUAGAUCCUUCUCUAACGCAUCAUUUAUCUUUGCAUGUCCCCGACGAACAUUUGUGGCAGGCAAAAGAGGUGUUUAUUUCAUUACUUCAAGAAUCUGUUGGAAAAAUUAGAGAAGAUCCCUCUUUGAAUGUGAGUGAAAUACCAGUUGAUCAAUUGACAACCUUGAGGAAUAUUAACAAUUUUGAAGGUAAUUUACACUUCAUUCAAAAGACAUUUCAAGGUAAGUUUGAGUUGAACAUUAUUUUCAACUUAGAAGAUGCUCCUGAAAAACUUUCCUCUUCCAACAUCGAUUCUUAUGUGGAUAGAGCAUUAACCCACUUUGAUGAAAAAUUCUCUUCUCAAUUACAGUUUCAAGCCCCAUUUCAUACCAAAGAAUAUUUGAACUUUGGUAAGGAAUUCUUAUCAAAUCUAGCAGGGGGAAUCGGAUACUUUUAUGGUGAACAGUUAGUCGAUAGGAAUGCAUUUGUUGACGACGACUCCUUUGACAAUGUCAAACUUGUUGGGAAACCGGAAGGUCCGUCUGAGUUAUUUACUUCCGUUCCAAGCAGACCAUUUUUUCCUCGUGGAUUCUAUUGGGAUGAAGGAUUUCAUCUUUUAUCCAUUUUGGAUUAUGACAGUGAUCUGGCACUCGAAAUUCUAAAAAGUUGGUUUGCAUUGAUAGAUGACGACGGUUGGAUUGCUAGGGAACAAAUCUUGGGCCCUGAAGCCAGAAGUAGGGUACCGGCAGAGUUUCAAGUUCAAAAUCCUAAUAUCGCCAACCCUCCUACAUUAAUGUUAGUCUUUGCUAAGCUACUAAAUAUGGCUCAUGAUUCUCCAAAGUCGGAAGACGAUUUUGUCUCCAUCCAGGAUCUUUCCGAAAAUAUGGGCCAUGUUCAUUUAGACAAUCCAGAAAUACUAGUUGACUACGCAGAAGACAUUUAUCCUAGAUUGAAAAAACACUUCGAAUGGUUUGCCACGACUCAAAAGGGAGAGACCUUGGGGCUCAGCAGAGAGUCCAAGUAUCCCAACCAGCUUUACAGAUGGAUAGGAAGAACCAAAGAUUUGUGCCUACCAAGUGGACUAGAUGAUUAUCCAAGAGCAUCAGAACCAGACUCCGGUGAACUCAACAUUGAUCUUCUUUCAUGGAUGGGGCUAAUGUCUCGAUCAAUGAAGAGCAUUGCGAAGUUGUUGAAUAAAGCCGACGAUGUUCACUACUUUGAGACUAUUGAACAGGGAGUGCUAUAUAACUUGGAUCAGAUCCAUUGGUCUGAAGAAGAGAAGAGUUACUGCGACAUAACGGUUGAUGACGACGACAAUGAUGUUUUUGAAUGUCAUAAGGGAUACGUGACUCUUCUACCGUUUGCUUUGAAACUUAUUCCAGAAGAUUCUGAACGGUUGAUUCAUGUAUUACAAGAUCUGAGAGAUCCAGAUAUAUGUUGGUCUCAAUUCGGCAUUCGAUCUUUAUCCAAAUCGCACCCUCUUUUCCACAGUGGAGAAGACUACUGGAGGGGAAAUAUUUGGUUGAACAUUAACUAUCUAAUCUUGGAUGCUUUGAAACAUUACGCAGAGUCUUCCGGUGCUCUUCCAGAUGUAAAGGAAAUGGCCAAGCCUAUUUACAAAGAAUUGCGAGAGAUUCUAGUGACCAAUGUUUACAAUGAAUUUAAAAGAACGGGCUAUGCCUGGGAACAGUACAAUGAAGCAACCGGAAAGGGCCAAAGAACGAGACACUUCCUUGGUUGGACUUCCUUAGUCAUCCCAAUAAUGAAGAUGCCAGAGGAACUAGCAUAA